AGCAGUCGAAACUCCAAUUCUAAUGUCCCUCGAAUCAUCGGAAGCUCGAGACGACGGUUUACCGGCACUUAUUUAGCAAAUCGGAUCUUCUCCCCGGCGUGAAGUUUUCUCGUGACUUGCAUUCUGUUGGAAGCUAUGGCGUCCGUUGCUUCAAAGCUGUAUUCAGAUGAUGUAAGUCUCCUAGUGUUGUUGCUUGAUACGAAUCCCUUCUUCUGGGACACCACAUCCACUACCUUCUCUCAGUUCCUCUCUCAUGUGCUUGCUUUUCUGAACGCGGUUUUGGGGUUGAAUCAGUUGAACCAAGUUGUGGUGAUAGCUACUGGUUACAGUUCAUGCGAUUACAUUUACGAUUCGUCUUUGACAUCGAAUGUGGGAUCUGAGAGCAGGGGAAGUGGAAUGCCUGCUCUUUUUGGGUCCUUGCUGGAGAAAUUGGAGGACUUUAUUGGGAGAGAUGAGGAGCUCGCCAAGGAGGAUGAGCAUGUGGAUAAGAUAGCUCCUUCUCUCUUGUCAGGAUCACUCUCCAUGGCUCUCUGCUAUAUACAGAGGGUUUUCCGUUCUGGACAUCUUCAUCCCCAGCCUCGGAUUCUAUGCUUGCAAGGUUCCCCAGAUGGCCCGGAACAAUAUGUAGCUGUGAUGAACUCUAUUUUCUCUGCUCAACGCCUAAUGGUUCCCAUUGAUUCCUGUUACAUAGGUACACAGAACUCAGCAUUUUUGCAGCAGGCAUCUUACAUAACCGGCGGAGUACAUCAUGCACCUAAACAAUUGGAUGGGCUGUUUCAGUUUCUAACGACGAUCUUUGCAACUGAUUUGCAUACCCGCCGUUUUGUACAACUUCCUAAACCUGUAGGCGUUGAUUUUCGAGCAUCGUGUUUUUGCCACAAGAAGACUAUAGAUAUGGGGUACGUAUGUUCAGUGUGUCUGUCGAUUUUCUGUGAGCAUCACAAGAAAUGUUCAACGUGCGGGUCUGUUUUUGGUCAGUCUAAACUUGAUGGUGCUAAUGCUUCAUCAUCUGUCAAUGAUAGGAAGAGAAAAGCUCCUGAUUCCUAAAUUCAUCUUUUAUGCUGCAAACUUUGCUAAAUAUUCAUGCAUUGUCUUUCUUUGCUUUGAUUUACAAGAAGUUAUGAAGUAAUACCAAAUUGAAACAACUAAAAUACAAUUUUGAUCGAACGCUUAUUUGCCAAGUUAUUUGAGCAGUCCUUUGUAACAAGCUUUGACAUCUUCUCAUAAGACUUACUUUUUAGUU